GUGGUCCAUUCUCCAGCUAUAGUUGAGUUAUCAAAGAGAGAGAGAGAGAGAGAGAGAGAAGCGACCAUGCCACUGGGAAAGAAAGUGCGGCCAAGUUCUGCCGCAGGGAAGUUAGAGACGUACACCAUAACCAGCAUUUUCCACAAUGCAAGACCUGUCACUGUGAAGACUGCAACUUCCAGGAUUAGUUCGACACAAGUGCGUGCAAGAACAUCCAUUCCAGAAAGCAGAGUCCCGCUCGACCCUGCUGGCUGCCGUGCACAGCUGGAACAGUGUGAGCACCCAGAGUGGUUGGAGAGGGGACCUCUGAAACAGUAUCCUAGGCGGCACUCGGUAGGACUCAGCCAGAACGUAGCAACAAAUGAAAAUAUCCAAAGGUUUGGGGACACCAUAAAAAGCCUGAGAAAGGGCAAGAUUGAACAAAAGGUCUCCUUGACACAUCUGAAGAACAUCCAGGCUGCUUUUGAAGAAUCUGAAAGUGAUGGCAGAUCACUGUUGGAUGUAAAAGCAUUCAAGCGGAUAAUGAAGAAAUGUCUGGGAUACCAUGGCAUACAUGAUGACCAAAUAGAAGAACUUUUCAGGAAGAUUGAUUAUUCUGCAAAUGGUCAAAUUGGAUGGGAUGAAUUCUGCACGUACAUGCAACUGAAGUAUCAGGAGAUUGAGGAAUCCUACGUGCGAUCAAAACACAUCUCAUUCUCCCUUCCGGCAACUGUCAGGAUGCUUUCCCAUGCCCAGCAGAUCCUGCGUAUUUACUUCACACCUGAUGAGACGUUCAUCAUGAUGCAAGAAGGUGGAACCAUUUCCUUCUGGACGUCACAGCUAAAGCUGAAGCGUAGUCGGAGGCUCUUCGAGAAGUCUUUCAACCGGAAGCCAAAAUGGAUAACUGACUUCACCAUCAUGUAUCAAUACAACAAGAUCAUUCUAACUACUGGAGAUCGAGAAAUUCAGAUUUAUGAGCUCUCUACAUUUGAGCCAUAUUGCCAGAUCACUGGUUUGGAGGCAUGUCCAUUACAGCUUGACUACUGUUCUCCUGGUGCCGAUGACUGCAUGAUUCUCUAUGGAGAUGACCAGGGUUGUGUAAAUAUUCUACUUCUGUCAUCUGUAGCAGAGACUUUAAGAACAUGGAAGAAGUGUCCUAAAGUGGAUAAUUUUCCCAGUAUUAGCAUUGAAAAUUCACUACUCUCACCAAAUGUGACUUACAUUCGAUGGAAGGUGCAUGAAGACUGGGUAACACAGCUGAAAUACUAUGAUUCGAUGACAGCAGUCAUAACUGCUUCCCGCCAUGAAGCUACGGCCUUGGUAAUCGGCUGUACCACUGGUACCACAAACCUGGAAAAACAGAUGAAGGAAAUGAAGGAAUGCUGGAAAGAGGGGAAGACCACGAAGUACUACAGUCCUUGUGUUCCUCAGAAGAGGCUGGCAUGUGAUCAAUCAGUAUUCAGUGUUCAUAAAGGCGUAAAGACAUUUGACUUGUGUAAGGAUAAGAACCUGCUCGUGACAGGAGGAAUGGACAGGAUUGUGCGUAUGUGGAACCCUUACAUUCCUGGGAAACCCACUGGUUUGCUGAGGGGCCACUGUGCUCCAAUCUGCUUUCUUUGUAUUUCCACUGAUGACAAUAAACUCUUCUCCGUCUCCACCGACAGCACUGUGAAGAUUUGGGAUACUGAAGAUCAGUGUUGUCUGUACACAGCAAAUCAGAAAGCCACUAGAGUCACUGGCGAUAUAUCAACAUGCCUCUACGUUCCAGCGAUUAAAGCGCUUUGCAUCGCUGCAGAUGCCAUAGCUCUUCUGCACCCCAGGAUACAACCUCAGCCACAGCUACACCAUAUUAAGUCCCAUAAGGAACCAGUUCUGUGCUGCAUAUACUGCACUGAAUUUCGGCAGAUUAUUAGCUGUUCAGAGGAAUCGGUGAUCAAAGUCUGGGACCUUGACACAGGAAAACUUGUGUUUGAAUUCAGUGGAGCUCAUGGUGAUUCUGCCAUUUGCUGCAUGGCUUUUGAUGACAAUGGAAGGAGACUGAUUACAGGAGGAAGAGAUGGAUGUGUAAGGAUCUGGAAUCAUAACAAUGGCCACUGCUUAAAAAUACUGAAGAAAGAGGGCAGAUGUGAUGAAAUCUGUGACUGUAUCUAUGUGGAGAUGCACAAGAAUAAUUAUGUGCUUGCUGUUGGAUGGGAUAGAAGAAUAAAUAUAUACUGUGAUUCAUUUGAUGACCUUCAUCAUGUUCAGCCUCCUCAGUCAUACUGGCAAGAUGAUCUGAAAUGGGGACACAAGGAUGACAUUCUGUGCAUUGCCCAAUGCCCUCCGACACUUCUUGCCACCUCCAGCUAUGAUGGAGAAACAAUUGUUUGGAAUAUGAUCUCCGGUCACAUCUGUUGCCACCUCCAGAAUCCGACAAUCAAAGAGUGCAGAGACGGAGAAGCAGUAACAGAUAAAAGUGUAAAUAAAGUUAUAUUCUUGAAAACUCGAGCACUGAAGAUUGAUUCAGGAGCAUCCCUUGUUACCACUGGUUCCCAAGGUGCGCUUGUUUUCUGGAACCUGUUCAAUGGUGGAAUGCUCUAUGGUACUUUCACAGCUUCUAGAGUGAAGUCUCAGAUAAGUAGUCUUGGUGCAUCGACCAAUGACUCUUUACUUUACACCGCGGAUUAUGUUGGAUAUAUCUAUGUUUACAGUAUAAAGGAUUAUGCUGUUCAAGGACCAGAAACAGAUCCACCAAAAAUUCUUAACUACUGGAGAGCCCAUGUAAGCAGUAUUACUUGCAUGGAACUGAUAGAAGAACAAAAUUUGAUGGUGACUUCUGCUUUUGAGGGUACUGUACGACUGUGGAGCAUGGAUGGUGAAUUAAUUGGUACUUUUGGGCAGCCACAGCCAUGGGACAUUUAUGCUCCUGCAUCGUGGAUGCACCCAAUGGUUCCCUAUGAGAUUCUGGUGGAUCCACUCAGCUUGCCCAUUCACCCGCUGUUGGAAGAAGGGGCCUCUGUAACACAGCAUGUCAAUUUAAGCCAAAGUGAAGAAAAUAAACAGAUUAUGACAUUAAAGAAUCUUCAGCACAGUUCUUCAAAAGUGAUCAUUUCAGAUGAAGAUAUCAAAGAAAAAAUAAAGAAGAUGACAUCCCAGAACAAUCUUGGCAAAAGACUUCGGCAAGAAAGAUAUAAGAGUUUGAACAGGCCACUGAACCAUGGAGGCCCCUCUGCAUAUCAUACUCUAAAUUAUUUUGAAAUUAGUAGCCCAGGUCCUUGUGAAAAACCUAACCUGUCAACAGGAAGCACAGAUCCAUAUGAUAUUUGCUUUAAAGAGAGUACCGUUGACCUCCAAGCCUGUGCAUAAGCAUUUAUCUGGAAGACGUUUGAUUUCCCCUGAAUUUAAUUUAUGUUAUUUGAAGCUAAUAUUGUUGCAUUUUAAUUGUGUCUGUAUGACUGAGGGUGUGAUACAGACCAGAUCUCACUGCUAGUCGGUUGUCUCUUCAUCAUGUUCCCAAUUCUUCUUGACCCUGUCUCUUUUAAGUUAUUUUUUUAACCUCAACUCCUUUUUAUCUCCUUUUCUAUCUCAGAAUCAGGUUUAUUAUCACUGACAUUAUGCUGUGAAAUGUGCUGCUUUGCAGCAGCAAUGCAACACGUAAAAAUGAACUAUACUUUGCAAUAAGAAAUAUAAAGCAAAUAAAUAGUGCAAAAAAGAGUAAAGUAGUGAGGCAGCAUUCAUGGAUUCUUCUGAAAUCUGAUGGUGGAGGGUAGUCUCCUGCCUUUGCUGAAUAUGCCCAUUGCCACUAUGAUAGGUUAGUAGGCAGAGAGGAUGAUGUGGCCUUGUUAAUAACAAGUAAUAUUAAAUCAUUAGAAAGGAAUGACAUAGAAUCGUAAGGUGUUGAGUCUCUAUGGAUUGAGUUAAGAAAUGGAAAGGGUAAAAGGACCCUAAUGGCAGUGGUAUACAGGUCUCCAAACAGCAGCCGGGAUGUGGAUUACAAUUUACAGCAGGAGAUAGAAAAAGUGUGUCAGAAGGCCAAUGUCAUGAUAAUCAUUGUGGAUUUUAACAUGAAAAUGGAUUGGGAAAACCAGGCCAGUACUGGACCUCAAGAGAAAGAAUUUGUAAAAUGUCUAAAGGAUGGCUUUUUAGAACAACUUGUUGUUGAGCCCACUAGGGGAUCAGCUGUGCUGGAUUGGAUGUUGUGCAAUGAUCCGGAGGUGAUAAGAAAGCUUAAGUUUAAGGAACAUUUAGGAAUUAGUGAUGACAAUAUGAUCGAGUUCAUUUUGAAAUUUGAGAAGGAGAAACUAAAUUCCGAAGUGUUGGUAUUUCAGUGGAAUAAAGGAAAUUACAAUGACCUAAGAGGGGAACUGGCCAAGUUUGACUGGAAGGGGACAUUAGCAGGAAGGACAGCAGAGCAGCAAUGGAUGGAGUUUCUGCAAAAAAUGAGGGAAGUGCAAGACAGGCAUAUUGCCAAUAAGAAGAAAUUUUCAAAUGUAAGAAGGACACUACCAUUAACUGACAAGUGAAGUCAAAGUCAAAGUAAAAGCAAAACAGGGGUUGUACAAGGAAGCCUGAGCUAAUGAGAAGAUAAAGGAUUGGGAAGCUUUUAAAAACUUGAAGGAAAUUAAGAAGGUCAUCAGGAAGGAAAAGAUGAAAUAUGAAAGGAAGUUUGCGACUUAUAUCAAAGAAGAUACUAAAAGCUUUUUUAAGUAUGUAAUGGGUAAAAGAGAGUUGAGGGUAGAUAUAGGACCAAUAGAAAAUGGUGCUGGAGAUACUGUAAUGAGAGACACAGAGACGGCAGAGGAACCAAAUGCAUAUUUUGCAUCAGUUUUCACAGUUGAAGACACCUGCAGUAUACCAGACAUUCAAGAGUGUCAGGGAAGUGAAGUUUGUGCAGUGAAAAUUACAACCGAGAAGGUGCUCAGGAAGCUUAAUUGUCUGAGGGUGGAUAAAUCUCCUGGACCUGAUGGAAUGCACCCUUGGGUUCUGAAGGAAGUAGCUGGAGAGAUUGCAGAGGUAUUGACAAUGAUCUUUCAAGAAUCAAUAGAUUCUGGCAUUGUACCAGAUGUCUGGAAAACUGCAAAAGUUACUCCACUAUUUAAGAAGGGUGGGAGGCAGCAGAAAGGAAACUAUAGACCUGUUAGCCUGACAUCAGUGCUUGGGAAGCUGUUGGAAUUGAUUGUUAGGCAUGAGAUUAUGAAGUACCUGGAGGCACAAGACAAGUUAGGCCAAAGCCAGCAUGAUUUCCUGAAAGGAAAAUCCUGCCUGACUAACCUACUGCAAUUUUUUUUGAGGAAAUUACAAACAGGGUAAAUAAAGGAAAAGCAGUAGAUGUGGUUUACUUGGACUUUCAGAAGGCCUUUGACAAGGUGUUGCACAUGAGGCUGCUUAGCAAGAUAAGAGCUCAUGGAAUUACAGGGAAGUUACUAGUGUGGGUGGAGCAUUGGCUGAUUGGCAGAAAACAGAGAGUGGGAAUAAAGGGAUCCUAUUCUGGCUGGCUGCUGGUUACCAGUGGAGUUCCACAGGGGUUGGUGUUGGGACCGCUGCUUUUUACGAUGUUUGUCAAUGAAUUGGACUAUGGGAUUAAUGGAUUUGUGGCUAAAUUUGCCGAUGAUACAAAGAAAGGUGGAGGAGCGGGUAGUGUUGAGGAAACAGAGAGCCUGCAGAGAGACUUAGAUAGUUUAGGGUGAUGGGAAAAGAAGUGGCAAAUGAAAUACAAUGCUGGAAAGUAUAUGGUCAUGUACAUUUUGCAGAAGAAAUAAAUGGACAGACUACUGUUUAGAUGGGGAGAGAAUUCAAAAUGCAGAGAUGCAAAGGGACUUGGGAGUCCUUAAAGGUUAACCUCCAGGUUGAGUUGGUGGUGAAGAAGGCGAAUGCAAUGUUGGCAUUCAUUUCUAGAGAUACAGAACAUAAGAGUAGGGAUGUGAUGUUGAGGCUCUAUAAGGCACUUGGGGUAUUGUGUGCAGUUUUGGUCUCCUUAUUUCAGAAAGGAUAUACUGACAUCAGAGAGGGUUCAGAGAAGGUCCAUGAGAAUGAUUCCAGGAAUAAAAGGGUUACUAUAAGAGGAACAUCUGGCAGCUCUUGGGCUGUAUUCCCUGGAGUUCAGGGGAAUGAGGGAGAUCUCAUAGUAACAAUCCAUUUGUUAAAAGACCUGAACAGAUUAGAUAUGCAAAGUUAUUUCCCAUGGUAGGGACAAGAGGGCAUGACUUCGGGAUUAAAGGACGUCCAUUUAGAACAGAGAUGCAGAGAAAUUACUGUAGUUAGAGGGUGGUAAAUCUGUGGAAUCUGUUGCUAUGUGCGGCUCUGGGGGCCAAGUAAUUGGGUGCAUUUAAGGCAGAUAGAUAAGAUUUUUGAUUAGCCAGGGCAUCAAAGAGUAUGGGGAGAAGGCAGGUGAGUGGGGAUGACUGGAAGAAUUGGAUCGGACCAUGACUGAAUGAUGGAGCAGAUUCAAUGAGCCGAAUGGCCUAUUUCUGCUCCUGUAUCUUAUGGUCUCAUGAUUAUUUUGUUUUCCUUUGAACUUAUCAUUGGUAUAUUGAAUUGAAGUGCAACUUGUUAGCCACUUUAGCAUUUUUUUAAAUUCCCCACCUUUACCUUCAAUUCUAUCCUCUCCUAUUCAUGGAAGAGUCUCCAUUCUCCAUCUUUUAUUUGUCAAUCUCUAGAAUGUUUUCUGUUUUGCAUAUUCCAGAUCACUCAAGCUGAACUUCUUGUCACAGAAUCCAAUUUAAAUUGUCAACCAUCUAGGCCAUGUUUGCAUUAGCCUUCACUGGAUCUUUGCUCCAAAUAAUUUUUCGAGGUGAUGUAUCCCUCAGCCAUCAUGAUCGCAAUCAUCAAAAUAAUAUUGGUUAACAUUACACGGGAGUUUGCUGUUGGCAAAUAGGCAAACAUUCCCACUAUAGUACCUUCCUUUCAAAAAUUUUUCAUCAGUUGUCAAAUUCCUGGAGCGUCCUAAAUGUCAAGGGUACUAUAUAAAUACACAUUUUUCUCUUCACAGAUUUCUCAAUCCUCCCUGCGUUUGCAGCCUUCUUGAGCCUUUCUCAACUUUUUUUUAUCUUCCUUUUGUUUUCUUCACGUCUUUGCAUUCUGUUGCCAUCAUACUCAGUGGCUGAGUUUUCAACCAUUACGUUUCUAAACAUAGGCCAUCUCAUCCGUCAAACCUGCACCACCAUUCAACAAGGGCAUGGACUCAGUUCCACCUGCCUGGCCUUUCCUCAUAACCUUUAAUUCCCCUACUAUGCAAGAAUUUAUUUAACUGUGUCUUAAAUAUAUCUAAUAAGAUAACUGCUACCUCAUUAUUUUAUAUGUUGCUAUAUGAUCCCACCCCCCAUUCUUCUGAAUUCCAGUGAGUGUAAUCACCUUGACUCAAUUUCUCUUUGGGGGUUUAACCAUUCAUCUCUGAUGUCAACCUGGUGAACCUCUGCACUCCAAAGCCACUGUAUCUUUUCCCAAGUAAGGAGACCAAACCUGCAUAUAGUACUUCAGGUGCUACCUCACCAGCAAAACCUCCCUGCUCUUAAAUACAAUUUCUCUGGUAAUAAAGGCCAACAUUUCACUUGCCUUCUUGUAACAUGUUACAUCUGAUUCAUUUACAUGCACUCCCUAGUCCCUCAGUACAACACAAUCUGCAGACUCUCCACACCCUCUGCACAAUUUGCUUUUUCAUUCAAUUUGGUGUCAACUAUACGUGGUUCCCUUUUCCAAAUUGUCAGUGACUGCUGUGGCACUCCAUACACGACUGAUUGCCAACCAGUGUAAUAUCCAUUUGUUCCAACUCUCUGCCUUCUAUUGGUUCACCAUAAGACCAUACUAAUACAUUACUCUAACUCCCUGCAUCCUUGUCUUAUGGAUAACUCAAUUAGGUGGCACUUUAUUGAAUGUCUUACGGAAAUUCAAGUAUGCAACAUACUCUCAUCCCCACUCUAUUCGCUAUGCUCAUUAUAUCAUCAAAGUACUCGAUUAAGGUUGUCAGCUUCCCUUCCUGAAUCCUUGCUGUGUCUGCCUGAUGGAACCACUUAUAAACGGAUUAUCUCAUUAUUUCAUCCUUCAUGAUAGCUUAACACACUUUUCUGACCGCAGAUGUUAAGCCAUGAGCCCAUAGUUUCCUAACUUUUGCCUACCUCCUUUUUUAAACCGAGGUGUGCCAUUCACUGUCUUUCAAUCUGCUGGGACUUGCCCAGAGUAUUUUAAGAAAUGAUCAUGUGCUUUACUAUAAUUUUCACCAUUUCUUCAGAACCUUUGAAUACAUUCUCUCAGGAGCAGCAGACUUACCUACCUUUGCGAAGAGCCACCUUUUAACAAGUGAUUGUAUGGAGGUCCUAAUCUCACAUGUCAUUCUUAACAUCUCUUUGGCAUGUUAUACGUCUUCACAUGAAGACUGACAUAAAAUAUUCAUUCGAUGCUUUGACUAUUUCCAUAUCAUUCAGUAUUAAUUCUCCCUUUUCAUCUUCCAAGGGACCUGCGUUCACCUUUUUCUGCUUUAGAUGAUUAUAAACCCAUAUCUUUUUAUAAUUUUGUUCUAGUUUACUUUCAUAAUCUUUGUUUCUCUUAUUGCUGGGACAUUCUCAUUAGAAUUUAUUGUCUUUUCACCUUUCGUCUUUAAUAUUUUUUGUGUACUUUGUGUGUUUUAGAAUAUGUUUUCCUGUUUACUCAAUUUUGACAGUUGAGUUGCCAGAAACAUUGAUACCUUUAAACUUCUGAUGUUGCUAUUGAAAUAGUUUAGAGGCAAAACAGAUACAAUAUGGAAGAAGGGUUUUAGUAUACCUGCUAGUUAUUCUUCUAUCAAACAUUUAUAAUAGAUGUUAAUUGGUUAACUUUUACUGAUAGUCUAUUUUACCGUAUAGAUUUUCAUUUUACUGUAUAGUUUUUCACUUUUCCAAUAAUCAAGAAGCUAUAUAAAAACUUUUAAAUUUCUUAUA